UGUGCCUCUGGAGGCUCCCUCUUUUUGGGGUCCAGGCCACUGAUACUCAUAAGAGGCAGCGGAUCCUUCUAGCCGAACGGUCUGAAAAGAUGGGUUCGCGUAGCGUCGCCACGACCACGCGGACGUUCGGCUUGUUCGCUGCGGCAUCUCUACUGCUCGCGUGCCAAGCUUCCGCUGCUGUUUCAUAUUCUGUAAGCGUCUACAACAACAUCGCGGUCACAGGGGCUCCCCUCUCUGGCAUCGUGUCUCAGCUGCUAUCCAAAUGGAAGCUCAAUGUUCCCACUUUGAGGACAGUCUACUCCCAGCCGAGCGCUGCAGAGUUGUCAAGCACCAACGCCUUUAUCGUAUACUCCAAGGGUCAGGGCUCCUACUGGAUUACGGAAGGCCUGACCUCGAACUCAACUAAGGUUAACGAUCUACUCACAUUUGUCCGUAAUGGAGGUUCCCUUAUCCUUGUCAACGGCGCCAACGGAAAUGACAACACAUUUAUUCCUCUUAUUCACGCGCUGACUGGCGGGGAUACUCUCUGCAUCGCGAGGAGCUACGCAGAUGACACUCGCAUCUACCGUCGCAUCGACCCUCCAUCCAACUUUGGCAACCUGCCUGUCAAGCAGUUCCGCUACACUGCGGAUCUGUAUAUUACCGGCCUAGACUGCUUAUCUGGCACCUCUAUUUAUUCCUCCGACCCAACCAAAAAGCUUUACGCCAUCUCUGCCGGCAUCACAUGGAGCGUGGGACAGGGCGCCGUGACGUGGGUCGGCGCCGACAUUGUGGCUGACUCCAAGAACACCGUAGCCUUGGUGACAGCUGCGGCGGUCGUCGUACAGACAACCCCGUCGCCGCCGCCGCCGCCACGAGUUUCAACGUCGCCGCCGCCACCAGCCCGUGUCUCAUCCUCGCCGCCGCCCGCCACGCGCUCGCCGCCACCCCGUCGUAUAACGUCUCCUUCACCAGUCCUCACUGCAUCCCCACCACUCCCGAAAAGAUCGCCACCACCGCCGCCGCGCGUCCCGCCCUCGCCGCCACCACCGGUUGCUUCUCCGCCGCCACCACCACCUCCACGCGUCUCCCCGUCGCCGCCUCCGCCGCAGCCAGUUUC